AUGCCUUCACCGCAGAAGACUGUGGUCGUCGGCGCCGGCCCUGUCGGCUCGUUGGCCGCCCUGUAUGCCGCGCAGAGAGGCCACGAGGUCGAGGUGUACGAGCUGCGGCCCGAUCUGCGCAACCCUGGCAUCAUACCGCUCAACUUCACAAAAUCCAUAAACCUGGCCGUCUCUGAGCGCGGCAUCAACGCCAUGAGGCUGGCCGGCCACCCAACCCUGCUUGAGACGGUCAUGGACGGCACGAUUCCCAUGCGCGGCCGCAUGGUUCACGGCAAGGGCCCCACGGGAGCCCUGUACGAGCAUUCCCAAGACUACGACGUCAAGGGCCGCGCCAUCUACGCCAUUGACCGGUCCGGUCUCAACGCACGCCUCCUCGACGUGCUCGACUCCAUGCCCAAUGUCAAGCUCUUCUUCAACCACAAACUCACCGGCGCUGAUUUCCGCUCCUGCCGCGCCUGGUUCGAGGCCAAGGACACGGCCGCAUCCCCCAACGGCCGCCCCAGGGAGAUUGAGAUCGGCUUUGACCUCAUGAUUGGUGCCGAUGGUGCGCACUCGGCUGUGCGCUACCACUUGAUGAAGUUCUCCCGCAUGGACUACCAGCAGGAGUACAUCGACACCCUGUGGUGCGAGUUCCACUUGAGGCCGCGGCGCACUGGUCCCAAAGAUGGCCCCUGGGCCAAGUUUCAGAUCUCACCGAACCAUUUGCACAUCUGGCCAGGCCAAGACUUCAUGUUCAUUGCCAUUCCCAGCGAGGACGGGUCAUUUACCUGUACUCUCUUUCUCCCAAGCAAGCAGUUUGGUGAAUUGGAAAGCAGCCCCUCCAGCCUGCCCGCCUUCUUCGACCGGCAUUUCCCCGGCGUCACCGACUUGAUCCCCGGCGAGAGCCUGAUCUCGUCGUUCCAAGAGAACCCUCACCUCCCUCUCAUCAGUCUCAAAUGCAAGCCCUACCAUCACGGGUCGUCGGGCGUCAUCAUUGGCGACGCGGCUCACGCCAUGGUGCCCUUCUAUGGCCAGGGGAUGAACGCUGGCAUGGAGGACGUGCGCAUCCUCUUUUCCAUCCUUGACAAGCACGCAGAGGUGUACGGGAACGAUCCUGACGAGGGGCCGGCCACUCGUCUCGCGUCCAUGUCCCCUCUCCAGCGGUCUCAGGCGUUGGCCGAAUACUCGGCCGUGCGAGCGCCCGACGCCCACGCUAUCAACAGCCUGGCCUUGCAAAAUUACGUCGAGAUGCGGUCGUCAGUCUUGUCGAAGCGCUAUCGGCUACGCAAGUUCUUUGAGGAGUGUUUGAGCGUCUACCUCCCCAACUUUGGCUGGCAAACCAAGUACGCUCGAGUCAGCUUCAGCAACGAGGGCUACGCAGCCAUCGUGGCGCAGAGCGAGCACCAAGGAAGAGUGUUGAUGGAAGGUUUCAUGGCGUUGCUGGCCAGUCCCGUCAUCGUCACGGGCGUGUUUUACUUGCACAAGUAUCGCAGGUCUAUUCUCUCCGCCACACUCCACUUCUGCGGUUGGCAUCGGAGUCCAUGA